CAAAAUAUAUGGUAAAAGUCCAAAAACUCUUGACCUAAACCAUAAAUUACGUUCUCUUGCCAUUUCUUUUGCUAACCCAUAUAUUCUCCACAUAAUUGUCACGCUUCUUCUUCCUCUGGAUUUUUUCUUCUCCUCUUCUUCUCCACCAUCAUCAUCAACGCCAUAGACCUCUUCUUCUGGAUUUUUUGAAUCUUUGAUCUCAGAUCUCUUCUUCUCCAUCAUCAUAAACCAGAUCCCAGAUCCCAGAUCCCAGAUCUCUUCUUUUUCUCAUGGAUCUCUCUUCUCUCUCUUCGCUCUUUUGAUCGAUCUUUGUCCUUGUCUUCGUUUCCAUCACCAUAGUUUAUGCUCAGAUUUGCAAAUCAGAUAUCCAACAACAAUCUUGAUCUAGAUCUCUCCAAAUUGGCUUUGUAAUGCACGGGUAAGAAAAAUCGGUUCACAAACUUCGACGAGGAAGGUUGACGGCGGAUCAUCGGCGACGACGACGGUGAAUAAAACAAGAGGAGACGAAUUAGUGAGUGUGACGGCGCUAGGGUUUAGAAUUACAAUUUUUCGCUUUAGUUGUACCAAGGUGUACCUAUUUAUAUGUCAGUUAUACCAAUUGUAUCAAUUGUACUAUUAUUUUAACUAAUACCAUUUGUACUAGUUGUUCAAUUAUCUCUCAGUUAUACUAGUUGUAUCACUUGUCAUAUUAUCCCUUAUCUGUACCAGUUGUACUAUUAUCUCUUAGUUGUACCAAUCGUCUGUUAUUUCAUUAAGGGUAAUUUGAGAAUAUCACAUUUACAGUGGCACUCAGAUUACAAAAUAGCAUGCCUGAUUCGUUUUUUCCAUUUAGUGGCAAACUAGCAUCGGACUCCUUCUCGACCGAGUUUCAUGUUAAAAGUGACAAAAAUACCCUCAAGAAAAAAAGGCUGAACUUACAGCUGCUGUUCAAAUGACGCCACCACCUCCUGAAUUUGAAGAUUAUGAUGAUGGGGAAGAAGAGAAGGAUUAUGAGCCAAAAAACAAAGGCGGUCUUUCUCAGCGCAAAAAGGCACGACACAAAGGUCCACUUGACAGGUUCAUAACUUCUCCACCUCCAAAUUUAUUGAAUGCUAGAAAAGAAAGGAAAGGAAUUUUUGGAGCUUGUGAUAAGGAGCUAAGGGAGAAGACUUGUAGAGGUAUUGCGAGGUUUUUCUAUGAUUUUGGUCUUGCAUUCAACGCUGCCACUUUAGACAGUUUUAAAGAGAUGCUUGAAUUGGUUGGACAGUAUGGUCCAGGAUUAAAGCCACCAACCAUGCAUGAGCUUAGAGUUCUUUUACUUAAGAAAGAAGUAGACGGUACUAAAAGCCAAAUAGUGGAGUACAAGAAAGAGUGGGCUUCUAAAGGGUGUUCACUCAUGUCGGAUGGAUGGCGCGAUUCAGUUGUUCAAAAAGAUUUAGUUAACUUUCUUGUCAACUCUCCAAAGGGAUCUGUUUUCGUGAGAUCUCUAGAUGUAUCAGAAGUCGUCAAAGAUGCCAACUUGUUCUUUGAUUUGCUUGAUAAGAUGGUUGAUGAGGUUGGGGAGGAAAACGUCGUCCAAGUAGUCACGGACAAUGCAUCAAACUACGUGAAAGCCGGGGAGUUGCUCGAAGCGAAACGACCACAUCUUUAUUGGACUCCAUGUGCUGCUCACUGUAUCGAUUUAAUGCUAGAAGACAUUGGUAAAAUCUCAUAUGUGAAGAGUGCACUACAGAAGUGCAUAUUCAUAAAUGGCUAUAUUUAUAGUCAUAUUCCUCUACUGAACAUGAUGAGGAAGUUCACAGGUGGAAGGAAUUUGCAUAGGCCGGCGAUCACAAGAUUUGCAACCUCUUUCAUCACGCUUGCACAGUUUCACAGGCUGAAGGACAACUUGAGAAAGAUGGUUCAUUAUGAUGAAUGGAAUGCCUCGAAGUGGCCAAAAGAAGCUUGAGGGAAGAAAAUAAAAUCAUUUUUUUUGCAAGAAAGCUUCUGGAAGAAUGUUUUACAUGCUCUGAAGUUGGGAGGUCCUCUUAUACAAGUUCUUCGAAUGGUUGAUGGAGAGAAAAAACCUCCUAUGGGAUACAUAUAUGCAGCCAUGGAUCGAGCUAAGGAGAAAAUUAUGCAGAGUUUCACUAUGAGAGACGAAAACUACAAAACGGCGUUUCAGAUCAUUGAUAGAAGAUGGGAAUGUCAACUUCAUAGGCCUUUGCAUGCAGCUGGCUACUAUCUAAACCUGAAUUUCAUUAUUCAAAUGAAGACAUAGGUUGUGAGGAAGUCUUGAAAGGUUUUUAUGCUUGCAUUGAAAGGUUGACUCCGACAAUUGAGAUUCAAGAUAAGAUAAUAGCCGAGUUGGAUGCAUUUAAAAAUGCUACGGGUCUCUUUGGUAUUCCAAUGGCAAUAAGGCUGAGAAAAUCACAAUCACCAUCUGAAUGGUGGUCUUCUUAUGGAUCUUCAACUCCAAACCUCCAGAAGUUUGCCAUAAAAGUUCUUAGCCUCACUUGUAGUGCUACCGGUUGUGAGAGGAAUUGGAUUGUUUUCAACUACUUCAUACCAAAAGAAGGAACAUAUUGAAUCAAUCUCAGUUGAACGACAUGGUAUUUGUGAAAUACAAUCGCGCUCUACAACGUCGAUACAAGAGAAAAGACACCGUCGAUCCUAUUGUGUUGGAUGAAAUUGAUGAAUGCAAUGAGUGGCUGACUGGGACAAUGGAAUCUGAUAAUGAAGAUGAUCUUGUGUUUGAAGAUGAUAACUUGACAUGGAAUGUAGUUGGCGAGGCCGUAGGUGCUAAUGAUCCUUAUUAUGCAACUAGAUCGGCUGCUGCUUCAAGUAGAUUUGAAAAAGGAAAAGGCGUUGCUACUGAUUCUGGUGGACAUGGACGUUCCAAAGCAUCUCGCAGGCCACCAUCUACUUCUAGUCCUAUGACUUUGGUUGAUGAUGAUGACGAGAUGGAAGAGGAUUUCAUUGGACCAGAGUAUGAGGAUACGCUUUUGGACAAUGAUGAUUAUGAGUAUGAUGAUUCUGGUUUUUAGAUUAUUAAUGGUUUAAAAACCAUUGUGUUUGCUACUUUGCUUUUAUAUCUAUGUGUUUGCUACUUUGCUAUUAUUCUACUUGUUGUGGAUUGGAUUAGAUUGUUUUGUAGUAUUUUAUUUGGGAUUUCUAAAGUUUAAGAAGGAAAUAAGUCUGUUA